UAGGGUUCAUCGUUGUGCAGGUGGGAUGAUACUUAUGCUCGUGUAGACCUACAUACUGACGUUUCCAGGACCUGAUCCCAUCUUGAUUUGAUGAUGCUUUGUCGCAGGUGAAACUAUAGAAAACAGAAACGUCGAUUUUGUGCAUUAGUUUUAAUAUUUUCAGAAGUCCAUGGGGAAGACACAGAGUAAGCUUGGAAGUGACUUUGUUACAAGACUUGUUAAGGACACCUAUUUUUCCGAAAAGGAGAUAAAACAGUGGUAUAAAGGAUUUCUCAAGGAUUGUCCCAAUGGACACCUUACAGAACAGGGUUUUCAACGCAUCUACAAACAGUUUUUCCCUCAAGGUGAUCCCGCUAAGUUCGCGUCUUUAGUUUUUGGAGUUUUUGAUGAAAACAAGGAUGGAAGUAUCGAAUUCGAAGAGUUUAUCCGGGCACUUUCUGUGACGUCACGUGGAAGUUUGGACGAGAAGCUUGUGUGGGCCUUUAAGCUUUACGACGUUGACAACGAUGGUUGUAUAACGAGAGAAGAAAUGUACAGUAUUGUUGACGCCAUCUACCAAAUGUUGGGAAACAAGGACAAGGCUGAAGAAGAGGAGGAAACACCGAAGGAAAGAGUUGACAAAAUCUUUGAACAAUUGGAUAAGAACAAUGAUAACCAAUUGUCUCUUGAAGAGUUCAGAGAAGGAUCGAAAAAGGACCCAAAAAUAGUUCAAGCACUCUCACUCUACGCUCCAUAGCGUCAUCUUGUGAUGCAUUUAGUAAAUUAUAAAAUAAUCUUUUGUAUUAAUUUCCAUUCCAGAGAAAUUAAUAUUUCACCUAAUUAAAACUAUUUCACAUUAUAGAAUUUUUUUUUUUUGAAAAAUAGUUUUCAUGCUACUCCAUAAUAGCACGAAAGUCAUAGACUUCUUAAAAUAUUGAGUGUUUAUUUAACGAGUAAAUUUAAGUUUUUAACUUGAAAACAUUUAUUUUCUAUUAAUUAUUUAAAAGUUUCGAAUAUAUGUUUUAUGCACUAAGCCUUUAACUGGUAGAUCGAUUAUAACCGUUUUUUUUAGUUAAUUUGUCCAUUCAUAUUCUAAUAUUUCAUUUAGAAGUAUCCUUUUUUAGAUUUGCUUUCAUAAAUGCACGUAGUAUAAUUACUAUUAAUCAAAUUUACGUAACAUUUACCAUUGUGAUUUCAGAUCCCUCUUAUGGCAAACUAAAUAUGAAUAAUAUUGUUUGAAGUUUGAGAUGUAUAUAAUCUGUUGUGCGAACACGGAAAAAUAUUUAAAUGUCUAAUUUCCAAUUGAGAAAAUAAAUCGCCAACGUUUUAGGGUAACUUUUCAUUUUAAUUAGUGUGAAAAUUCAAGUUCCAAAAUCGAUAUUUUUAAGUUUAAUUAUUAAUUUUUGAGUUCCAUAAAAAUUAAUCAAUUUUUAAAGUGCUGUUUAAAAGAAAAUAAUAACAAUACCUCAAGAAACCUCCAUUUCCUGUGAGAUUAUUAUUAUGCUACUUUCACAAUGUUUAGUGUUUACAUUGUAUAGUUACAGCUACCAUCUACUGAGUUUAAAUAUUUUAUAAACUAAUAAAAGCGCCAAAGUGGGGCGCUUGAAUACUUAGCUUUAAUUCCCAGUAUUGGAUGGGCUUUAACAAACAUAACUGAUUUUAAGUUUUAGCACAUUUCUGACAAAACUCUG